AAGAAGAAAUAUAAAAGCAUCUAUGAAGCUCACCUCUAUUUAAUUCACCGAAGUAUAUGUAUUAGUUUCUAUUCAGAGCAAUAGCUGUUUUUGAAAUUUUGCUUGAAAAUGUUGGCUGUUUUUGAGAAAGCAAUAGGGAACCCACCAGAGGAGCUGAAGCUUCCUUCAAUGGGGUUAGAAACUAUGAAAUCCCGGCAAGAUAUAGUUGAUAUUGUUCGGUCAUUGUGGCCAGACUCCACGGUUUACAGCCUUGCAAAUUGGAAUUUUAUGGCUUCAUCACAUGAAAAUGAAAGUCCAUCACAGCCCAGGUCUAUUGUAGUCACAGAUGAUAUCUUCUGCGUUAUUACUGGGGCUCUAGAGAACACAACUGAACUAAGACGACAUUAUGGUCUUUCAAGACAAGCCACAGAUGCCAUGGUUAUAGUUGAAGUUUAUAAGGUUCUAAGAGAUCGAGCACCCUACCCAUCUGAUCAAGUCAUUAAAGAUCUUGAAGGAAAAUUUGCAUUCAUUCUCUUUGAUGCUAGAUCUGGAACACUUUUUAUAGCCCGGGAUCGUGAAGGAUGCAUAGAACUUCAUUGGGGAAUAACCGGUGAUGGAUCCUUGGUUUGCUGCAAUGAUCUCAAUAUUACAAGAGAGGCCUGUGGAAAAUCUUGUGCACCUUUUCCUCCUGGGUGCAUUUUCAUGAAUGGAAGUGGGCUUAAAAGCUUUGAUCAUCCACUUUACAAGGUUAGAGCAAUUGCUCGUGAAGAUGACAAUGGCCUCAUUUGUAGAGUAAUGUUUCAGGUGGACUUGUACACAAGGCUCCCUAGCAUUCCACGCACUGGAAGUGCAGCAAAUUGGGCAGAAAAUGCUGCUGUCCCUGGGAAAGAAAAUAUCUGAGAUUUUGCAAGCUGGUAAUCAAACUGUGUUGUAAUAAGGCCAAUGUUCUAGAAAUGUGUUAAUGGUUCAUGUUUGAUGAAAAAAGGAAGGAGUACAGCAUGUUAGUUUUCAUUGAAGUAAUGCUAGAGACCCAAUAAAUUUCACAACUUGUUAAGGUGGAAAAUUGCAAUUGGUACAAUA